AUGGAAACCUUCUUUAAGAGACACUUCCAGCGGAGGGCGCCAGGCCCUGGAGAGGGGAAGCGGCGGCCCAGUGGCGUGGGGCUGCCCACAGGCAAGGCCCGGCGCCGCUCCCCGGCGGGGCAGGCCUCCUCCUCGCUGGCACAGCGGCGCCGCUCCAGUGCCCAGCUCCAGGGCUGCCUCCUGAGCUGCGGGGUGGGCGCCCGGCGUUCGCGCCGCCGGCGCUCCAGCACCGUGCCCCCUGCCUGCAACCCCCACUUCACUGUGGAAGAGGUGCCCACCUCGCAACUGGCUACUGUUGAGGCCCAGCUUCUGGGUGCACCCCUGCUGUUGGCCAGGCUUGCGGGCAUGGAGGAGGAGGAGGGUGUCCAGGAGGAGGAUGUGGCAGCUGGCACAUCAAGUGCCACCCAGCCAGGCACCACGACACCAGGGCCACCCCCACACCGGGGUGCCUGGCCAGUGCUGCCCAUGCCCCGUUGCCUGCGCCGAGGCUCCUCCCACCUGCUCCCCGCGGACGCGGUGUAUGACCACGCUCUCUGGGGCCUACAUGGCUACUAUCGGCGCCUCAGCCAGCGUCGACCCUCAGGCCAGCAACCUGUCCCCGGGGGCCGAAGAGCCUCAGGCACCCAGGCUGGCCCCGUGAUGCCAGCCUGUGUGCGUCCGCUGUCCCGCCGGCGCCAGGUAGCCCUACGGCGCAAGUCAGCUGGACCCCAGACCUGGAGCGCCCUGCUUGCGAAAGCCAUCACCAAGUCGGGCCUCUCGCACCUGGCGCCCCCUCCCCCUGCCCCCGGGGCCCCCUGUGGCGAGUCAGAGCGGCAGAUCCGGAGCACUGUGGACUGGAGCGAGUCAGCGACGUAUGGGGAGCAUAUCUGGUUCGAGACCAACGUGUCCGGGGACUUCUGCUAUGUUGGGGAGCAGUACUGCGUAGCCAAGAUGCUGAAAUCAGUGUCCCGGAGAAAGUGCGCAGCCUGCAAGAUCGUGGUGCACACCCCCUGUAUCGAGCAGCUGGAGAAGAUAAAUUUCCGCUGUAAGCCAUCCUUCCGUGAAUCAGGUUCCAGGAACGUCCGUGAGCCAACCUUUGUACGGCACCACUGGGUCCAUAGGCGACGCCAGGACGGCAAGUGUCGGCACUGUGGGAAGGGCUUCCAGCAGAAGUUCGCCUUCCACAGCAAGGAGAUUGUGGCCAUCAGCUGUUCCUGGUGCAAGCAAGCAUACCACAGCAAGGUGUCCUGCUUCAUGCUGCAGCAGAUCGAGGAGCCCUGCUCCCUGGGCGUCCACGCGGCCGUGGUCAUCCCGCCCACCUGGAUCCUCCGUGCCCGCAGGCCCCAGAACACCCUUAAGGCCAGCAAGAAGAAGAAGCGAGCAUCCUUCAAGAGGAAGUCUAGCAAGAAAGGGCCUGAGGAGGGCCGCUGGAGACCCUUCAUCAUCAGGCCCACCCCCUCCCCCCUCAUGAAGCCCCUGCUGGUGUUUGUGAACCCCAAGAGUGGGGGCAACCAGGGCGCUAAGAUCAUCCAGUCCUUCCUCUGGUAUCUCAAUCCCCGACAAGUCUUUGACCUGAGCCAGGGAGGGCCCAAGGAGGCGCUGGAAAUGUACCGCAAAGUUCACAACCUGCGGAUCCUGGCGUGCGGGGGUGACGGCACGGUCGGCUGGAUCCUCUCCACCCUGGACCAGCUGCGCUUAAAACCGCCACCCCCUGUCGCCAUCCUGCCCCUAGGGACUGGCAACGACUUGGCCCGCACCCUCAACUGGGGUGGGGGCUACACAGACGAGCCCGUGUCGAAGAUCCUCUCCCACGUAGAGGAGGGGAACGUGGUGCAGCUGGACCGCUGGGACCUCCGUGCUGAGCCCAACCCCGAGGCAGUGCCUGAGGAGCGAGACGAGGGCGCCACCGACCGGCUGCCCCUGGAUGUCUUCAACAACUACUUCAGCCUGGGCUUUGAUGCCCACGUCACCCUGGAGUUUCACGAGUCUCGAGAGGCCAACCCAGAGAAAUUCAACAGCCGCUUUCGGAAUAAGAUGUUCUAUGCCGGGACAGCCUUCUCUGACUUCCUCAUGGGCAGCUCCAAGGAUUUGGCCAAGCACAUCCGGGUGGUGUGUGAUGGGACAGACCUGACCCCCAAGAUUCAGGACCUGAAACCCCAGUGCAUUGUUUUCCUGAACAUCCCCAGGUACUGUGCAGGCACCAUGCCCUGGGGCCACCCCGGGGAGCAUCACGACUUUGAGCCCCAGCGGCACGAUGACGGCUACCUCGAGGUCAUUGGCUUCACCAUGACAUCCCUGGCCGCGCUGCAGGUGGGCGGGCACGGGGAGCGGCUGACGCAGUGCCGCGAGGUGGUGCUCACCACGUCCAAGGCCAUCCCAGUGCAAGUGGACGGCGAGCCCUGCAAGCUCGCAGCCUCGCGCAUUCGCAUCGCCCUGCGCAACCAGGCCACCAUGGUGCAGAAGGCCAAGCGGCGGAGCGCUGCCCCGCUGCACAGCGACCAGCAGCCUGUGCCCGAGCAGCUGCGGAUCCGGGUGAGCAGGGUCAGCAUGCACGACUACGAGGCCCUGCAUUACGACAAGGAGCAGCUCAAGGAGGCUUCUGUGCCACUGGGCACUGUGGUGGUCCCCGGAGACAGCGACCUGGAGCUCUGCCGCGCCCACAUCGAGAGGCUCCAGCAGGAGCCCGACGGUGCUGGAGCCAAGUCCCCCACAUGCCAGAAACUGUCCCCUAAGUGGUGCUUCCUGGAUGCCACCACUGCCAGCCGCUUCUAUAGGAUCGACCGCGCCCAGGAACACCUCAACUACGUGACUGAGAUCGCGCAGGACGAGAUUUAUAUCCUGGACCCUGAGCUGCUGGGGGCAUCGGCCCGGCCUGACCUCCCAACCCCCACUUCCCCUCUCCCCACCUCACCCUGCUCUCCCACACCCCGGUCACUGCAAGGGGAUGCUGCCCCCCCACAAGGUGAAGAGCUGAUAGAGGCUGCCAAGAGGAACGACUUCUGUAAGCUCCAGGAGCUGCACCGAGCUGGGGGUGACCUCAUGCACCGGGAUGAGCGGAGCCGCACGCUCCUCCACCACGCGGUCAGCACCGGCAGCAAGGAAGUGGUCCGCUACCUGCUGGACCACGCUCCCCCAGAGAUCCUUGAUGCCGUGGAGGAAAACGGGGAGACCUGUCUGCACCAGGCAGCAGCCCUGGGCCAGCGUACCAUCUGCCACUACAUCGUGGAGGCCGGGGCCUCGCUCAUGAAGACAGACCAGCAGGGCGACACUCCCCGGCAGCGGGCUGAGAAGGCUCAGGACACAGAGCUGGCCGCCUACCUGGAGAACCGGCAGCACUACCAGAUGAUCCAGCGGGAGGACCAGGAGACGGCUGUGUAGCUGGGAGGCCCCCUGGGCAGCAGGAGGGACAGCCGGGCCAGAGGAUGAGCUCCCUCCUUGCCCACCUCACUGCCACAUUCCAGUCAGAUGGCCACGGGGGGACCCAUGCCCGAGGGAAGGAGCCCCGUGCUGCCCCCUGAGGAGCCGCCCAGACCUAGGGCUGGACUCUGAGGAGCUGGGGGUCUCGCCUGUCCCCCUGAAGCCCCAGCCGGACCCGGAGGCUCACAGGGGAACAGGAAAUGGCUGGGCUGGACAGGCGUUUGGAGGGGACCAAGGCAGGGCCACUUCAGGGCGGCCUCACCCUCACUGCAGCAGAUGCCCUCCGAGGAGUUCAGGGGCUGGAAGGGGGAGGGAGGCCUUCAGGAAGAGGCUUCCUAGGGCACCUGGUCUCAGGGCACGCAGCCCCCUCUCCUGCCUGACCCACCCUCCCCAGGGCUCCUCCCGGCAACUCCAAGCCUGCUGCAUCUGCCUGCCGCUGCCCGCUUGGCACCCACCCCUGACCCUCCCCAUUACCCGGUCAUUUCCUCGUGGACUGUGGGGCCUGGGGUGGGGGGGCUCUCAUGGUGACAUGUUUACAGCUGGGUGUGACUCAGUAAAGUGGAUUUUUUUUUUUCCUU